CAAAGGAUGAUAUUUCUAGUAUCGGUUCUUUACCGCAGUUACAAAAUGACAGAUCGCCGAAUAUUGAAACAUUAUAUGACUGGCGUAACCGGUGACAUUUCGGUCACGGUGAUUAAUUAAAUCACAGCAUUUGAAAAAUCUGUCAUCACUAACCGGCAGAAUUUCCUUUCUUUUCUCGGGCUGUCUCCGAAUAUGUUGCCUAAUACUUAACCGGGAAGCAUAUUCAGCUUUACGUAGGCGUUAUAGAUCGAAUUUGGAGCGCUUCGCUUUUGAAGGAAACAGCUCUAUCAUCGCUGUUUUGCUGUUUGUAAACACUAUUCAUUUUUUUAGUAAAGCAAUCUUUAACACGUGACAACGCGCCCUCUAUCUCGCGAUUUACAUUUGUCAUCUGGCAACACUAUCGUCAAUUAGCAAAUCGUUUGGCAUUCGAAACCACGUGAAGGGAAAGUAAACAAAGUGUCAGUUAAUACAUCGAAUACUUCGAUCGGCUAUAACUGCAUAAUAGCAAACUUUAAAUAUUAAAGAUUUUUAAUUGUGAAUUAGCUAUUUAGUAUUUUGCCAUGGAAGAUAAACAAGAAGAGGAGGAAGCUUUAAUCGUCAUUGAACUGUCCGGAAUCGUAGAUAAUGAUUUUUUACAUAAGAAAGAAAAAACAUGUAAAAUGUUGGGUGUAAAUACAAGUCAUCCGAUAUUGCAAAUUGAUAAUUAUUUCUUUUCUGGAGAAUAUGAAGAUACUAUUGGAACAGAUGUUAUAUUUGAAGAAGUUUCUGUACCAAAUACUAUUUUUUAUACAAGUACUCAUUAUAUACAAGGGUGAAUCAAAACAAAUUGAGGACUGAUUCUUCCCUCUCUUGAUAAACAUUUUUGAGCAUAGUGUCUGCAGUGUUUUUCUCUUCUCAGUGAAAUUUGAUGUACUUCUGCCUACCCUGAAGAUUUGUGGUAGCCCAUCUGUUGACAUGUUCUUCAGAAUUUGGUGCUGGGAAUAGUAAAAAGUGACAGGGUGCUAAAUCUUGGUUAUAUGAUGGAUGUGGGAUGUAUCAAAUGUUUAUCUUGGCCAAAAACUCAAUCAUCAUGUUAGCAAUGUGUGGAGGUGCAUUGUCAUUGUGUAGCAAUGGAGAUUGGGACAUUUCAUGUGGAUGUGACCAAACAGUAUGUACAGAAUCAUCUGGUGACUGUUGUAUGUGGUAGCACAAUAUCUUUAGUCAGGAUUUUUACAGGAGUAUUGUUUUCUUUGAUGUUGAUUCCCAGUCUUCAAAGAAUGCCUUGACUCAUUGAAAUGCUAUGUGAAAUGCUUUGUGAAUAUGCAAGUGAAAGCAAAGUUUCAAUGUACAUAUUGUUCAUCAUAAUCACUCUCUAUUUUGUUGUAGGUGGGCAGCAGAUGACAUUUUGCACUGUGUACUGUAGUGGCAAAUCAUAUAUCCAUACAAUUCUUGGACAGAUUUAUGAAUAACCAUUCUUUACAGUGAUAUACAUCUGAAAUUUCUUAGUGUUAGAAUUUUGACAGAAAAAUAAUUGGUCUGUUUCUUUUGACUCACUCUUGUAUGCUAAUUUUUAUUCUGCAAAUGAUUA